AAAGUCUAAAGUCGGCGAUACUUGUCCUUCAAGGAAGGUGUCGGGACAUUUUCGGGAAGUUGAAGAGUCUAAAGUGGGCAAUUCUUGUCCUUCAAGGAAGGUGUUGAAGUAUUUUGUGAAAGAUGGAGAGUCUAAGGUGGGCGAUUCUUGUCCUUCUAGGAAGGUGUCGGAACAUUUUGGGGAAGUUGGAGAGUUUAAUGUGGCCAGUACUUGUCCUUCAAGGAAGGUGUCGAAGUAUUUUGUGAAAGAUGGAGAGUCUAAGGUGGGCGAUUCUUGUCGUUCAAGGAAGGUGCCAAACCAUUUUUGGGAAGUUGGAGAGUCUAAAGAGGACGGUUCUUGCCCUUCUAGGAAGGUGUCAAAGUAUUUUCGGGAAGUUGGCGAGCCUGAAAUGGGUAAUUCUUGUCCUUCAAGGAAGACGUCGAAAUAUUUUCGUGAAGUUGGAGAGUCUAAAGUGCGCGAAUCUUGUCCUUCAAGGAAGGUGUCGAAGUAUUUUGUGAAAGUCGAAGAUUUUAAAGUGAGUGAUUCUUGUCGUUCGAGGAACUUGUCGGAACAUUUUCAGGAAGUUGAAGAGUUAGAACUGGAUUAUCAAAAGAGAGUGUCUCCUUGUCCUUCUAGAAAGGUUAAGAACAAUUGUAAGAAGAAGAGUGUGACGGGUUUCAGAGAGUGUGUUAAGAAGAGGAAAUGUGAAGGAACUCGAGUUACUGAAAAUUUGAAAGUCGAAGAUUCUUCUUGUUUGGCAAACAUCUAUGAAUAUUUAGCUAAAGUUGAAGAGAUUAUAACUAAGGGCAGUUUGUUACUUCAAAAGGUCUCUGACUCCUCUAGAGGAGGGUAUGAAGUUGAAGAAAACUGUAUGAAGGAAAUUAAUGAUUUUUUGAAUCAAUAUGUAUACCACGGUAGGAGUGUGCCGAUUUCAAGAAAGCGUGUUAAGAAGAGUGAAAUUUUAGAAGAGGGUGGUGAUUCGGAAUAUAGAGCUAAAAUCAAAGAGACCAAAAUUAAGUUUGAAUCGAUACUUGGAGAUUUAUCUAACUCCUUUCAAGAGGGGCCUAAAGUUGAAGAAGGUUCGUCUCUUGUUCCUCCUAAAAUGAAAUCCAAAAGUCGUGGUAAGAAAACUCAACCUUUUCUUAAGGCCGAGAGAUAUAAGGAAGCUUACAAAAGAAAAAGUCCGGAAAACAAUUGGGUGCCUCCUCGUUCUCAUUGGAAUCUCAUUCAAGAGGAUCAUUUUCAUGAUCCAUGGAGAGUAUUAGUUAUUUGUAUGCUAUUAAACAGAACUACUGGCGCACAGACAAAAAAAGUUAUAGACAAGUUUUUCAAGUUAUGCCCAAACGCAGAGUCUUGUAUGCGAGUAUCAAGAGAGGAGAUACAAGAGGUAAUAAAGUCAUUAGGUCUUCAAGGGAAAAGGUCGGCGAUGCUGCAACGCCUUUCUUGUGAAUACUUGUCUGAGACUUGGACUCAUGUAACUGAACUGCAUAGUGUCGGCAAGUAUGCGGCGGAUGCUUAUGCUAUAUUUUGUACUGGCAAGUGGAAUGAAGUUGUGCCAAAUGAUCAUAUGCUGAACAAAUAUUGGGAUUUACUUCAUACAUUGUCAAGUUCCCAAGAUUAUACAUUGUCAAGUUCACUAGAUUAAUGCUUAUGAUCAAGUUAUUGUAUUUUUAUUGCUGAAGUUUAUGCAGUAGAUGGCAACAACACUACUUUUGUUUGUAUAUGGUUCUGUAAAUCUGUUUUGGGACCUUUUUGUAACUUUUUGAGCAAUAAGAAAUAGGACACUCAUCACCGUCUCUUUGUUUUUCAA